GGCUUGACAUACCCUCAAAUAUCCAAAAGCUGAUGAUAAUGCCUUUCAUUGAGGGCAAGGAUGUGAUUGCACAGUCCCAGUCGCAAAACGACCGCACAAUCACCCUCGCAAUCGCUCUGCUGCAAAAGCUGUCCACAUCCGCUUCUGCCCAGAAACACUGCCAAGCGCUUGUCAUUUGCUCCGAAGGCAUCAAUCCACAAAAAGUACAUGAGGAUUUUCAGAGCUGGUUCGAGGCUGCUCCGGGGCUGAAAUCCAUUCUUCUUACGACCGAUGCGGAUGCUAGUCGCGCUGUACUGUCAGAUCCUGACCAGGCGAAGCAAGUAGUGCUCACUACCUUGGGUCCGUUGAUGGAGGCGCUCAGGAAUGACCUCCUGGACAUGAAGACAAUCGAAACGGUUGUGAUUUCGAUGCGGUUAGCCGAGCUCGUCAAUUUUGAAGCGUUCAAGCAGUUUUGGGCAUUGUUGUCGCGAGAUGCACAGGUUGUUUUAAUGACAGGACGGAUCCAACCCCCGAUCGAGGUGCUUAAAGCACAGAACUUUAGAGCUGACGCAGCUGUUCGAAGGGCGGAUGAGCUAACGAUGCAGUGGAGCGAGCACUACUUUGUUGCGAUUCCCUCGCCUGACAAGGAUCAACAAGCUAACGACGACCAGAACCAGGACCACGAUCACGAAAGCGACUCUUCACCAAAAGAUCACAAAUGGGAGGUGCUAAUGGAUAUUCUGACCAAGAACCCAGACAUAUCUCAUACGGUGAUCCUUACCCAAUCCCAGAGUCUGACCCAAGCACUAACUGCUAAGCUGGAGGCGCAAAAGUUGCCUGUACUGUCUGUGGUAAGCUUCUCUAUCUUUAUUGGUGAUGCGGAUCCGUUUACUGUCGAAAUAGUUUGCCCCGCAUGCUCAUACAUGAUCUUUUCCCUACUUGAAUAACAACCUAGUGGAGCAUGGCUGAUAAGACUGAGGUUGCCCGCCAGUUCAAUGCACCAGAGCCCUGUAUCUUGGUUUCAGAAUCGAUUCUUAUGGACAAUCUCGAUCUGGACUUUUCUUCUUUGGUGAUCAACUAUGAGAUGCCAAAGAGAGUCGCCCAUUAUAUCUCCUCCUUUGGUCCAUUCGGUCGGUCUGGCCUCCGGACACUGAUGAUCAACUUCUGUGUCAGGGACGACCCGGCUCAGAAGCAGAUACUUGAGGACAUGGAGUCAUUGUAUGAUAUCAAGAUUCGGGAGAUGGAGGUAAG